AUGGCAUUCCAUGGCGAAUGUGAAAGUCUGUGGUGUCAGACUGGCACCAGAUAUGUAAGGAAUGCCGCUGAAAACUCUUUUGGGGAGUUUGUGUGCAAGUUCAAUCGCCCAUCCUCUGUGCGACCUGGUGUCAAGGCACUUUCAGCCUUUCUUGAGAGCCCCCUUCCAGCUCACUUGCAGGCGAAAACUCCAGAAUAUGAUCCAACAAACUUUUUGGCGAGCAAGGGUGCGCAUGAUGAACAUGCCAAGCAGGAACUGGAAGCGCUGACAAAGAAAGCAGGCCACGCUGCAGACAAUGCACUGGAUUAUGCCUACAAUGCAGAAAUUGACACCACAAGAGCAAAUGAAAAAGCGGAUCUUGCAGAGAUUGAGAUGGAAAAUGCUGAGUCGUGGGAGGACUACGAGCUGUCCCUGCUAGCUCUCCUUUCACUCGUGAUGGUUGGAACCACAGGAUGGCUUUACACGCAGUAUCAGCGUUGGAUCAGCAUCAAGAAGGCUAUGGCAGAGCAUUAUCAUGGCCGUGCUUUGUAA